UACUUGCGCGCCAGUCUUGAUUAUCUGUGGCGGGAAUAUUAGUUAUUGUUCACGCUCGUGUAGUAGGCCUAUUCGAAUGUCAAGUACAACCGUUAGUGAUGAAACUGUCAACAUCAGUUAAAAACAAGUUGCAGACAUGAGAGUUAGCGAAAUGAAAGGAUUGCUUCUCUAUGACCAACAAUGUAUCAGCUGAUCAGUUCAAACAGCAGACAGAAUGAGGUUUAUCAGUUGCUUCUUGUGUAUGUUGUAUGUGUGCACAAUGUAUGCCGAGGUCAUCUACACUAACAUUUGGGCUCUACAUUUGAAUUGUACUCCUGAACAAAUCAACAAGAUUGCAAAGAAGCAUGGUUUCCAUAACCUGGGAAAGAUAUUUCCAGAUGGCAACUAUUACCAUAUGGAGCAAAGACAGGUGGCAAAACAAUCAUUGCAGGCACACUAUUUGCAUAAUCUUAUAUUCAAAAUGGACCCUAAGGUGCUUUGGUUUGCACAGCAAUCUGGAAGGAGUAGAAAGAGAAGACACUCUUUCACAGUACCAACUGAUCCAUUUUUCAAUCAGCAGUGGUACCUGAGUGAGGCCUUUGAUCAGAAUGUGGUGGCUGCAUGGGCUCGAGGCUACACAGGAAAAGGGGUGGUGGUGUCCAUCUUAGACGAUGGCCUAGAGACAAGCCACCCAGACAUUGCUGAAAAUUAUGAUCCACAGGCUAGCUAUGACAUGAACGAUAAUGACCCCAACCCAGACACCCAAUACACUCUGACCAGACCAAAGAGGCAUGGAACACGGUGUGCUGGGGUGGUGGCAGCGGUGGCAAAUAAUGGGGUGUGUGGGGUUGGAGUGGCAUAUCAGGCCAAGAUUGGAGGAGUUCGGAUGUUGGAUGGACAAGUGACUGACCUGAUAGAAGCCAUGUCCUUAAAUUUGAAUCAGCAACACAUUGACAUCUACAGCUCCAGCUGGGGACCUGAAGAUUUGGGGACGAAUUUGGAGGGGCCAAACACAUUGGCCCAAGAAGCCUUUAUCAGAGGCAUUACCAAUGGCCGAGGUGGCUUGGGUUCCAUUUACGUCUGGGCUUCAGGCAAUGGGGGCGCCAGCUUUGACAACUGCAACUGCGAUGGCUACACCAACAGCAUUUACACGUUGUCUGUUGGUAGUACCACUGAGAGGGGAACACUGCCCUUCUACAGUGAACCCUGCUCUGCCAUUCUAACAACGACCUACAGUGGUGGCAGCUUUCAUCACCGCAAUAUUGUCACCACCGACCUGCAUCAAUCCUGCACCUCAGACCAUACUGGGACCUCUGCCUCUGCCCCUCUGGCUGCUGGGAUCAUUGCACUGGCUCUGGAGGCAAACCCGACACUCAACUGGCGUGAUGUGCAACACCUCGUGGUGCGAGCAUCUAGACCGGUAGAUCUUCGAACGCAUGAUUGGCGGACCAAUGGUGUUGGAAGACCUGUCAGCCAUUACUAUGGAUAUGGGCUACUGGAUGCAGGGAGACUGGUGGAGUUGGCCAGUAAAUGGAAAGCAGUCAAACCUAAAAGGAAAUGCACCAUUGACCUCAUUACCAGAGCCAUUGAACUCCGCAGGAAACUGACAUUGAGGUGGAAUGUGACAGCUUGUCACGGCACCAGGAACUGGAUUCGGUCUCUGGAGCACAUCCAGGCCCGUCUUACACUGACCUAUAGCAGACGUGGAGAUCUCUCCAUCACCCUCAUUAGCCCAAAGAAGACCAUCUCCAAUUUACUCACAACCAGGCCUUACGAUAAAAUGUCUACAGGUUUCUCAGACUGGACCUUCAUGAGUACACACUGCUGGGAUGAGGAUCCCUGCGGAUAUUGGGUUCUACGGAUAGAAAACAACGGAGAUUCAACCAACAGAGGUACACUGACAAAAACAAAGAUGACCAAGCAGUGUGGUAACGGGCAGCAGCAGCGAUCUCAGGACUCAUGGACAUGGGAGGACAUUCUGGACGGGAAGGGUUCCUACACAUGGGAGGAGAUCCUGGCUGGAAGGGAUCGCCUCCCAUGGGAACAGGUGGAGGCAGCCAGGAGAGCGGAGGCAACAGGUAAAGGGAGCCAGUGCUUUGAGGGAACACGGCUGGCAAGGAAGCCCGAGAGGCAGCCCCAAAAAUGUAUUGAGGGGGGGCACACGGGGAGUGUGGCUAAGUCAGCACAGCCCAGUGCGAUCUGUUCCACCUUGCCGCACUGGCCUGGCGACGGGGAGUAUCCAGCCAGAGCCGCCCGUCAGUCAGGAGCUGCCAGAGCCGUCCGUCAGUCAGGAGCUGCCAGAGCCGCCCGUCAGUCAGGCACUGCCAGAGUCGCCUUUCACUCCGGCGCUGCCAGAGUCUCCUGUCUAAUCGGGGCCCGUGGAAAGGGUCCCCAGUUCGGGGUCGGCGGCGAGGGUCGCCACUCCAAAGGCGCCACCUAA